UGUCCCUCGGACACAGCGGAUCACCGAUCACGGAAAGAGCCGAAGAUGCCGGUUUCGGUCAUGUGAUCAGCUGUGUCCAAUCACAGCUGAUCACAUGGGACAUGUACACUGAUCAUCAGGGCACUGAUGAUCAGUGUGCCCUGAUGAUCAGUGUGGCCCCAGCAGUGCCACCUGUCAGUGUCCAUCAGUGUCUUAUGUCAGUGCCUCGUGCCAGUGCCACAUCAAUGCCACAUAUCAGUGCACAUCAAUGCCACAUAUCAGUGCCCAUCUGAGCUGCCUUUCAGUGUCACCCAUUAGUGCCAGUCAGUGCCACCUAUCAAUGCCUAUCAGUGAUGCCAAUCAGUGCCACAUAUCAGUUCCAGUCAGUGCCGCCUAUCAGUGCACAUCAGUGCCACUAUCAGUGCCUGUCAGUGCCGCCGCCGAACAGUGCCAGUCAGUGCUGCCUAUCAGUGCUGCCUAUCGGUGCCAUAUAUCAGUGCUGCCUUUCAGUGCCCAUCAGUGAUGUCUGUCAAUGCCCAUCAGUGCCACCUACCAGUGCCUCCUCAUCAGUGACCAUCGGUGCCACCUAUCAGUGUCCAUCAGUGCAGCCUAUCAGUGCCCAUCAGUGCAGCCUCAUUAGCGCACAUCAGUGAAGGAGAAAAAAAUCACUUAUUUACAACAUUUUAUAACAAAAAAAACUAAGAAAAAACAUUUUUUUUUCAAAAUUUUCAGUGGUUUUUGGUUUGUUAAAAAAAAAAAUAA